CCAUUGGAAGCUUACUCUGACUCCAUUACUGCCUUCUCCAUCUUCUUCUUCUUCUUCUCAAUUCUAAACAUUUUGUGUCUGCAUUUGAAAGCAAAAGGAAUUGGAGUUGAAGAAAUGACAAUGGCGGAAUCUGGAGGAUGGACUCGUUUGUUUCUUCUCGUGGUGUUCAUGUUGUUCGUCGGAACAAUUGCUAGAGUUCCCAAAGAGAUUCCUGAAAUUCAGAAUGGAGCAACUGAGAAGAUGCGGAGCUCAAGCAACUCAUCAAUGGCAGUGAGGUUGGACGAGGCUGAGGCUCUCGGUAAUAAGCAUGCUGUGGACAACCCAGAAGAGAUCGCUGCUAUGGUUGACAUGAGUAUCCGCAAUGCCACUGCGAGGAGGGAGCUUGGCUUCUUCUCGUGUGGAACUGGCAAUCCUAUUGAUGACUGCUGGCGUUGCGAUCCCAACUGGCAACAGAACCGCAAACGUUUGGCAGAUUGUGGCAUUGGCUUUGGCCGGAAUGCUAUCGGUGGUCGUGACGGUCGAUUCUACAUGGUCACUGACUCUGGUGAUGACAACCCUGUCAACCCAAAGCCUGGUACUUUGCGACAUGCCGUUAUCCAGGAUGAACCUCUCUGGAUUGUGUUCAAGAGAGACAUGGUGAUUCAUCUGAAACAAGAGUUGAUUAUGAACAGUUUCAAGACAAUUGAUGCCCGUGGGACCAAUGUUCACAUUGCUAAUGGUGCUUGCAUCACAAUCCAGUUUGUGACUAAUGUUAUUGUCCAUGGUCUAAACAUCCAUGACUGCAAGCCCACUGGAAACGCCAUGGUAAGGAGCUCACCCAAUCACGUUGGGUGGAGAACAAUAGCUGAUGGUGAUGCCAUUUCCAUUUUUGGAUCAAGUCAUAUUUGGAUCGAUCACAAUUCACUCUCUAAUUGUGCUGAUGGUCUCGUUGAUGCUGUCAUGGGAUCCACUGCAAUUACCAUCUCCAACAAUUACUUCACCCACCACAAUGAGGUUAUGUUAUUGGGGCAUAGUGAUUCUUACGUUAGAGAUAAACUAAUGCAAGUGACAAUUGCUUACAAUCACUUUGGAGAAGGACUUAUCCAAAGAAUGCCAAGGUGUAGACACGGAUACUUCCACGUGGUGAACAAUGAUUAUACUCACUGGGAGAUGUACGCCAUUGGUGGAAGUGCAAAUCCAACCAUCAAUAGCCAGGGUAACAGAUAUGCUGCUCCAACCAACCCUUUUGCAAAAGAGGUGACAAAGAGAGUUGAGACAGCUGAAACUGAAUGGAAAAAUUGGAAUUGGAGAUCAGAGGGAGACCUAUUGUUGAAUGGUGCCUUUUUCACUCCAUCUGGUGCAGGGGCCUCAGCAAGCUAUGCUAGAGCCUCAAGCUUGGGAGCUAAAUCUUCAUCCAUGGUUGGUACUAUAACAUCCGAUGCUGGUGCACUUUCCUGCCGGAGAGGCCAUCGGUGCUAGCAUUCCGAUCCUCUCGACGAUCACGGAACACCCUUUCUCUAUUAUUCUUCUGUGAAUUUUUCAAAUAUUUACUUACAAAAUAGCCUUACUCCCCACCAAUCUCCAUAUAUUCUAUCAAUUGAUAUCUCCUCCCCUCCUUCCUAAUCUCUUCUAUGAUAUCUAAAAACAAGUGUACAUUUCAUUCUCUCGUCUCAUUACGGAGACGUUCCUAUUUGAACUUGUCCCCAGUUUGCUGUUUGUCGAGAGUGAGACACUCCAAAAUCGCUCAACCUCGGCCUGCUUCAACUUGAAAAAGACACCAUUUGCCAUUCAGCAAGCAGGUGCGGAAGCGUUGUUCAUUUAUUCCCUUCACACUUUCCCCACCCCUCUUCUUUCAACUAUCAUUAUUCUUACUCUCUUAUGUCUACUCUUCUGUCUUCUGUUCUUAUAGGAUCUGAAUGGUCUGAGUGCUUUUUCUUUCUUUCCUUUUUCUACUUUUUUUCCCCUUUUUUUUUUUACACUAUGUUCUGUUUAGUGAUACAAGUUAUAGUAUGUUUGUCAAACAUUGAAUUAUCAAAGCAAAAGUUUGCUAAAGAUGAUAGCAAAUGUUGUAUGCCUUUGUCUA